AUGUCUUCCACACCUAGACUCGAGUGCGCGGAUGUCGAUCCCAGUCCCCUGGGCCAGCCCCUCCAAUUUGCUUUCUCCGGUCGCUCGGUCCCAAACCGCUUUCUGAAGGGUGCUAUGAGUGAGCGUCUGGCCUCAUUCUCCGUGAACAACCUUAAUGCACGCGGUAUUCCUUCGGCCGCUCUGAUUGAAGCUUACCGGAGAUGGGGCGAGGCCCAAAUUGGAAUUAAUCUGACUGGAAAUGUCAUGAUCGACCCUGGCCACUUGGAAGCCGCGGGCAACCCAGUUAUCCCGCAACAUGCGAAAUUCUCUGGCGAGCGCUUUGAGCGCUUCAAGGAGAUGGCCAUUGCGGGAAAGGCUAAUGGUAUGCUUAUCAUUCCCCAGGUUGGACACCCAGGCCGUCAGACGCCCCUGCAUCUUCAGCCGAACCCAAUCAGUGCCAGUGAUGUGCAAGUCAAAGGUGAUCCGAUGGGUAUGAGGUUUGGAAAGCCUCGUGCUGCGACAAAAGAGGAUAUUGCCAAUAUCGUUAAUGGCUUUGCCCAUGCCGCUGAGUAUCUGGAUAAGGCUGGCUUUGAUGGUAUCCAGCUGCAUGGUGCCCACGGCUAUCUUCUGAGUCAGUUCCUUUCGCCAUCUACCAACCAGCGAACUGAUAAGUAUGGUGGCGAUCUGAAAAACCGCAUGCGGUUGAUCUUGGAGGUCCGGGAUGAGAUUGCCAAAAGAGUUCGCAAGGAUUUUGUGGUCGGCAUCAAGAUCAACAGUGUUGAGUUCCAAGAAAAGGGGUUCCAGCCUGAAGAGGCGAAGGAUCUUUGCCAAGCUCUUGAGGAUCACGCUUUUGACUUUGUUGAACUUUCCGGUGGUACCUAUGAGAACUUCCCCCUGUCGACCAUGAAGCGGGAGUCAACAGUUGAGCGUGAAGCUUUCUUCCUGGAUUUCGCGAAACUCAUCGUUCCCGGCCUGACCAAGACCAAGACCUACAUCACAGGCGGUCUGAAGACAGUCGAAGGCAUGGUCAAGGCUCUGGAUACCGUCGAUGGAGUUGGACUCGGUCGCCCCCUGUGCCAAGAGCCAAAUCUUUGCGCCCAUAUCCUGUCUGGGCAAGUCAAGGGAGCUCUUAUCCAGAAGAUCGAUAUGCAGGACUUUGGUGCCACGGCUGGUGCGGCCGGCCUUCAGAUCUCGCAAAUGGGCGAGGGCCUGCAGCCUAUUGAUCUCUCUCAAGAGGCAAAUGUGGCCAAGCUUUUCGCGACAUUAGGUGCGUGGGCUGCGGAGAGACCGAAGAAUGCGGAGAUCUAUUCAUUCCCUGCUCUGCCUGAUUAUGACAUUCCCUAUUCUGCUGCUGUUUUGUGA